AUGAAAAUCAAUGAAAAGAAUCUUUGCGCAUUCGCUUCAUCGGCUACGCCAGUCGAUCGAGAAGGCUGGUUGGACAUGCGAGCCGAAGUAGGUAAAAGCUAUCAACGGCGAUGGUUUACACUAAAAGGGAACCUGCUUUUUUACUUCGACAAGAAAGCUGAUAAGGAACCCGUUGGUGUUAUAAUCCUGGAGGGAUGUACUAUUGAGCUAACAGAAGAGGAAUCAUACAGUUUUAAAAUAGUGUUUCAAUGUGAAGCUAAUGGUGCUGAGUUGCAAAGGCAGCUUGAUGAGGUUCAAGCUGAGGAAGCAGCUGAUGUAGCAGCGUUAGUCACUAUUUCUCCACCUGAGACCGAGCCUAAGGUGCCCCCACGAGGUCAGCGCUACAACCCCUUCAAUCGUGUACCAGAUGGAGAGGGUCAAAGUAAAACAGUGCCAGGAAGCAGGCAUCACAAGGAGAAUGUCCGCACAGAUAUGCCACGCAAGAAAGUGCCCUUUCGCGACAUCCACACGGCGCACGGUCGCAAAAUCCUCGCGCACCGCAGCGAGUGGCGCGCUCGGCUGCGAACCCCGCAGAGACCACCCGAAAAGCCGCUAAUACAACUC